AUGUCAAAUGGUCACAUUGGCAACGGCAUCAUGGACCCGUCCGGCACCAUUGAUCCGUCGCAUGUCUUCGGAGGCCCACCACAGCCUGUCGCACAGCAACAGCAGCCAUCGCGCGGCCUGAAGCGCAGUCGCUCGCCUGAGAGCAACUACGAGCUGCAGGGCGAUGACACGCCAAACAACAAGCGCAGCCGCGGCCGCCCUAAUAAGCCAACCAGGUCCUAUGCCGGCUCUCCCAACCGUGGUUCUCAGCCUCCGCAAACAUCGCCGCAGCACACGGGCGGCGCACCGCCCGUGCAGACUCCGCAAUUGCAGUCCACGACGCUACCUCACGCUUCGCCCCCUCAGGUGACGCCCUCGGCCAAGUCGACUCCCACCAAACCCACCGUCAUCAAGGCCUUGCCCACUGUGCGCGACCACACCACCGACCAACUCAACCCCGAAGGCGACGAAUACAUCCCCCGCGAAAUCGACGAGGCGGGCGAGCGAAAAGUAACACAGACGGGCCACCCGCUCGACGGACGGGAAUACCGCUGCCGCACCUUCUUCGUGCCAAACAGAGCCGACAAGCUUUUCAUGCUCGCAACCGAGUGUGCGCGCGUGCUCGGAUAUCGCGACUCGUAUCUGCUUUUUAACAAGAAUAGGUCAUUGUACAAGAUCAUCGCCACCCAGGCGGAAAAGGACGAUCUGAUCCACCAGGAGAUCCUCCCGUACUCGUACCGGUCUAGACAGAUUGCCAUUGUGACUGCCCGCUCCAUGUUCAGACAGUUUGGCAGCAGGCUGAUUGUCAACGGGCGGCGCGUGCGCGACGACUACUGGGAAAGCAAAGCUAGGAAGCAGGGCUUUACCGAGGAGGACGCAGCGGGUGAAAAGAGACCGGGCGCCGCCAAGGCAAGAGAAGCUGCUGCAGCGGAAGCGAACCACGCCAGCGCUAUGGCAUUUGCCCACUCAGGCGCCUACACGGGCAACAAUCAGGACUACCUUGGAGCUGCCAUCAAUCCCAUGCAGCCAUUUGGUGGCCUCAACCCAGCGCCGGGAAGCAUGCCAACUUCCAAUGUGGACGCAUACAACCAGCGCACGACGGCUGACCUGCAGCCCCGGGACUACAGUGGCGUUCAACGUCCACGACAUGAGAUGCAGGGCGCCCCCUACCAGGAUCUGACCAGGCCAACACCAUCUGGCGAAAUCCUCAACGCAGCUGCUCAGACGGCCGAGGUGAACAAGCAGCUAGAGCAACAGCGCAAGCAUCGCAAAGACUACCUAAACGACGUCUGGACACGACCACAUGAGCCCCCGGUGCAGCCAAACCGUCCUGGAACUGCUGAAGGAGACCAUGCACCACAGGUUACGCAAGCCAUGCAAUCUCCGCGUAUCCCAUCGACGACUGUCAGUAUGCCCGGGAACCAGUACGGCAUGUCUGCCCAAACGCCACAGAGACCUGGACAGCCCUUGGGAGGCCAAGGCUACCGCCCGCAAUCUAUGCAACAGAACAACAUGGUGCCUUCACCAAUGGCCCAGCAGCAACUGCGCCCAGAUCAGAUGCACCGCCGCCCACCCAGUAUCGGAAUGCCUCAAGGUAUGACCGCAUCGGGCAUGGGUCCCGGUAUGCUCCCUGGUGUUCAACAGAGCCCCGGCCACGGCUAUCCGCCAUCGCACAUGUGGCAAGGACCUCCGCAGCCAUCUCCUCUUUCCCAGCAGCACAACAUGCAACAAUAUGCGCAACGCCCCCCCGCAGCAGUCCAAAGCAGCGUUUCGAUGCACGGCACACCUGUGCAGCAGUACCAGACCAUGGGCGCCAUGGGAGGCUCCAUGCCCGGAAGCGACGCUGGGUAUCAAACAAUGGGCCAGAAUCCAUAUCAACCUAGCCCGAGCCCUCAUCAGUUCAUGCAGCAUCAAAGUGGUGCAGCUCAACAGCCCGGCAUGCCAGGCUGGGCACCGCAGCAGACUCCACAACAGGGAGGAUGGUCAUCAUACUAG